CUAUCUAAAAAUCGACCCAAGUGACCUAUUUUUAGCGUAGCUUCAUCUAUCAACCAAACAAUUAUCUCCACACAAUCUCAUGAUUUGAUUAACUAAUAAUACGAAAUCAAGCCACUAAUAAAUUUGAAGGAAUUAGGCUAGUGAUAAUAUGAAACGAGAACAUCCAUCACACUUCAUAUUUGAAUUUUGUGCCCAACAAAGUAAGAUUUUCGGUACUAAAACAAAAUUAAACUGAAAAGACACAAGCAUUCAAAAACCAUUUUGGAAAGGUUUUUAGUACAAAACACCUCUCCGUGCUAAAAUUCUGAAACCUAUAGCUUGAUAUGCUAACACCGCCCAAAGCUUCGAGUUUUGUCAAACAAACACAUUUAAGUAGGCGGCAGAACAGUUCAAACAUAUCAAAUCCUCAUUAAUUCAUCAAUUAAAUCGACAGGGUAGUACUGAUAACUGAACAAGUGAUUUAGAGCCCAGUCUCUGAGUUUCUUUUGAGAGUGCGAGGAAGAAGAGCCACAUAUGCACACAAUUACACUGAUUGAAUAUAUAAAAAUAAAAAUCAUAAUCAACGACUCUCAAUUGCUUUAGUCCACCUGCCGGCAGCUGCCUCCAUUCAAUGCUUAAUGCUCUGCAUAGCUGGAACUACCAGCGUACAACUACGUAGUAUCAUAUCAUUCGACUACUACCACCCCACACUAUAAAUAGCGGCCCAUUCCCCCCUACUCUGCUAUCUACAACUCGAGCAAAUUAAAUCAUCAAAUAGUACAUUUGAGUGAUCAAAUUUCGUGUCGAAAUGGGGAAGCUAAUGACUUCCAAGUAUGUUGGAGCCGUCCUUGUUGUGAUGCUGGCAUUGGGUCUCGGUCUAGCGCAAUGCCGUAGGCUGGAAGAAGAAGAAGAGAUUGAAACGAUUGGCGGCGGAACUGGCGGUGGCGUUGGUGGUGGUGGAGGUUUCGGUGGAGGCAAAGGUGGAGGAGUUGGAGUUGGUGCUGGUGGUGGCGCUGGAGGUGGUGCAGGGUUUGGAGGAGGAAAAGGCGGAGGAAUUGGGGGCGGCGGUGGUGCUGGUGGUGGAUUUGGGGGCGGUAAAGGAGGUGGCGGAGGAGUUGGCGGCGGUGAGGGGGGAGGAUUCGGUGGCGGAAAGGGUGGUGGUAUUGGGGGAGGUAACGGCGGCGGGAUAGGAGGAGGUGCCGGUGGUGGCUUUGGAGGAGGUGCCGGUGGCGGCAUUGGGGGAGGCAAAGGUGGAGGAGUAGGAGGCGGUGCAGGUGGAGGCUCUGGAGGUGGAAUUGGUGGCGGCAAUGGAGGUGGUCAUGAAGGCGGAGGUGGAAUUGGUGGCGGGAAAGGUGGUGGAGUUGGCGGCGGUGAAGGCGGUGGCAUUGGUGGUGGCGCCGGAGGCGGCAAAGGUGGGGGCGUUGGUGGCGGUGGCGGGUUCGGAGGUGGUGGAGGUGCCGGAGGCGGUGCUGGUGGUGGAGCGGGAGCUGGCGGUGGCUUUGGAGGAGGAGCGGGAGGGGGAGCCGGAGGUGGUGGAGGAUUCGGAGGAGGAGCUGGCGGUGGUGGAGGAUUCGGCGGCGGCCAUGGUGGCGGAGGGAUCGGGGAAGGUUUUUAAGUAGAUUGACCGUUCAAACGAGCUAUGUAUGUACUAUGUAGUACUCCGGAAUAUGCAUGGGAGUUCAAGCUAGUGAGCUAGCUAUACUUGUUACCAAAUGAAUCCCAUUAAAUAAAAUGCAGAAGUAUUUAUCAAUUAACUUGGAGAUAUUUGUUGAAUUCGAAAAAUGAAGAUUUUGUUACAUAUCAAAUCCAUGAUUGAAAUCCAAUAAACAAUCAUUACAAUU